CAAUAAGGUGCAUAAUGAGUAACACAGACAGAACACCGGAGGAAUUUAGCAGGUCAGGCGGCAUUUAUGGAACGUAAACUGUCGACAUUUUGGGCCAAGACCCUUCUUUAGGACUCAUAAUGAGCUGGAUUGUGUGUUGAUGUGACAGAAAGCAGGAAAUGUAAAAGCAAGAUGAUCGUGAUCUGAUGGUUGUGAAGCUUUGGCAAUAUCAGGAAAAGAUCUUUGACCUAAGGAAAUGGAAGUUUUCUACUUGCUGAUCAUCAUCACAGCAACACUCAUCAGUGGAUUACUUUAUUGCAACAUUGACAUCGAUGAAGCUCAAGAUGACAGCCAUUUGGGAAAGCCAAACUUCAUUAUAAUUUUGGCUGAUGAUAUUGGAUGGGGAGAUCUUGGUGCAAACUGGCCAUUUACUAAAGAAACACCGAAUCUGGAUAAGAUGGCUAAGGACGGGAUGAGAUUUGAGGACUUUCAUGCUGCUGCAUCCACUUGUUCCCCAUCUCGGGCUUCGCUACUGACGGGACGCUUGGGCUUACGGAAUGGUGUCACCCAUAAUUUUGCUGUAACCUCAGUUGCUGGCUUACCACUAAAUGAAACUACACUGGCAGAUGUUCUAAAGGAAGCCAACUAUUCCACGGCACUCAUUGGUAAAUGGCACCUUGGACAUCAUGGCCCAUAUCAUCCUAACUUUCGUGGAUUUGAUUACUAUUUUGGAAUUCCUUACAGUAAUGACAUGGGUUGUACAGAUGAUCCAGGGUACAAUAUUCCUCCAAGUCCACCAUGCCCCAGGGAUUCCAUCAUGGAAAGCUGUAAAAUCAAUCCAUGUACCAGAGCUAUAGCACUACCUCUUCUUGAAAACCAAAAGAUUGUAGAACAACCUGUUAAUCUCAGCAGCCUCACAGAGAGGUACACCGAAAAAGUUAUACAUUUCAUUCGGAAGGCCAGGGAGAGAAUGCAUCCAUUCUUCUUGUACUUUGCUCCAGCCCAUAUGCAUGUUCCUUUACAGUACAAUUCACAUUUUGCUAACACCUCUACACGUGGUCCAUAUGGAGAUGGUCUACGAGAGCUGGACCAUGCAAUGGGCCGGAUAUUGAAAGAAGUUAAUGCAGAUUUGCAAAAUAACACACUAGUGUGGUUUGCGGGUGACAAUGGGCCUUGGUCUGAGAAAUGCGAGUUUUCUGGAAGUGUUGGACCAUUUAAAGGAACAUGGCAGACACAACAAGGUGGCAGUUCGGCUAAGAAGACCACAUGGGAAGGUGGCCAUCGAACACCGGCAAUAGCUUAUUGGCCCGGAAAAAUCCCAAGUAACACAACUAGCAGCUCACUGCUUAGCACAUUGGAUAUAUUUUCUACCCUGAUUUCGCUAUCGGGAGCAAGCCUGCCUCCAAACAGGCGUUAUGACAGUUUGGAUAUAACAAAGGUGUUGUUUGGCCAAUCCCAAAGUGGUCACCAGGUUGUUGAUAUAGAUGACAAGCAACAAUGGAUCCAGCGCCAAUCCCUGCAGCUGACUAGUCACAGGCCUCCAAUCAAAGAGUCACGGAAUAUCCCUUGGAAUAGAGUUAAGCCAAUCAUCAGGAAAUGGAAGGAAUAUGGCAUAGCUGUAAAUCUGCCUGGAGCAAUGUCCUCGAAAACUGAGUGACUGUGAAAGAAAGCGACUAGUGAGGGAGGCCACUAAGAGACCUAUGACAACUCUGGAGGAGUUACAAGCUUCAGUGGCUGAGGUGGGAUUGACUGCGCAUACAACUGUUGUCCAGGGGCUUCACCAGUUGCAGCUCUAUGGGAGAGUGGCAAAGAGAAAGCCACUGUUGAGAAAAAUACUAACAUGAAAUCUCAGCUUAGAGUUUGCCAAAAGGAAUGUGGAAGACUCUGAUGUCAGCUGGAAGAAGGUUCUGUGGUCUGAUGAAACUAAAGUUGAGCUUUAUGGCUAUCAGACUAAAUGCUAUGUUUGGUGUAAACCAAACACCACACAUCAUCAAAAUCACACCGUCCCUACAGUGAAGCAUAGUGGUGUGGGGAUGCUUCAUUGCAGCAGGAUCCCUGGAAGACUUGUGAAGGUACAGGGUGAAAUGAAUGUCGCAAAAGACAGGGAAAUCCCGGAGGAAAAUCUGAUGCAGUCUGCAAGAGAACUGCGACUUGGAAGAAGAUUUGUGUUCCAGCAAGACAAAGCCAAAGCUACACUAAAAUUACCUAAAAACAAAGUUAAUGUCCUGGAAUGGCCAAGUCAGAGUCCAGACCUCAAUUUGACUGAGAAUUUGUGGCUGGACUCAAAAAGGGCUGUUCACUUCACUCUUGAUCUCCAUGCAAUCUGACAGAGCUUGAGCAGGUUUGAAAAGAAGAAUGGGGAAAAAUUGCAGUGUCCAGAUGUGCAAAGCUGAUAGAGACCUAUCCACACAACUGUAGUUGCUGCCAAAGGUGCAUCUACUAAAUAGUGACUUGAAGGGGGUGAAUACUUAUGCGAUAAAUUAUUUUGUAUUUUAGAUUUGUAAUUAAUUUAGAUCACGUUGCAGAGAUCUGUUUUCACUUUGAUGCAAAAGAGUCUUUUCCUG